AGGAAGUAAUAUUAAAAAAUCACAUGUCAAUUAGUUCCUGUAUAAAAUGGUGUUCUGAUUUUAGCGAACAUGUAUCGAACGAUGUUUGUGUUUGUGUUUCUGUGUAUGCUUGUUCAUGCUAUUUUUUGUAUGGAGUGCAGAUCGCAGACUAAUAAACCAGUUGAUUGGUUCAUAGUGUACAAGAUACCUAAGCUGGGAAGUCAUACUCAUCCUAAUUUCAAAGCUGGGACGGGAUUUUAUUACAUGGAUAAUGAUUCUCCUGAACUGACACUUUCUGACAGAGGAUUAGAUGCUAAGAGUGAUGCCUUGUUCCAUACACUCGACCAAAUCUACAGUAACAAGACAGACGUUGGCUAUUUUAUGUAUAGUGAUCACACACCAGACAAUAGAACUGGCGCUGACCCAAGAGGACAUUCUAAAGGAGUUUUGGGAUUUGAACAAUCAGGUGGAUUUUGGAUGGUACAUAGCGCGCCUCAAUUCCCGCCAUUGAGGUCUGAUGGCUACAAAUGGCAAGAUAAGGCCUCUAAAAAUGGACAGACUUUCCUGUGUAUAUCUUUAGACUACGCCAUCGUUAAUCGUACAGGAACGGUAUUUAGAUACAUUUUCCCUUAUAUAUACGAUGUUGCCUUUCCUGCAAUGUUCAACAAAGAUUAUCCGAUGUUAAGACGUUUUAGUGUAGACAAAGGUACAAGGCAGCUUCAUGUACAAAAGCCGCCAUGGUGUGACGUCAAUGAAUUGCCAACAAAAGAUGGUGUGGGUUUCUUUAGUUUUUCUAAGUAUGGAAAGUUCGGGAAUGAUUUAUAUGAUGGCUUCUUAUCAAAAGAACUUCAGCAGGACUUACUUGUGCAGUCAUGGAUAGAGGCCCAAAAAACAGCGGGAGAUAAGCUACCUUCAAACUGUUCAAUACAGUACAAAGUUUACAAUGUCAAAACAAUGAAGUUUCCAGAUAAGAACAUAGAAUUUUCAACAUCCAAAGACCACUCUAAAUGGGUUGUCUCUAAAGACAAUGGGAACUGGUUGUGUAUCGGCGAUAUAAAUAGACAGAUGCCACAGAAGAAUAGAGCUGGAGGGCAGGUUUGUUUUCAGAAUAAAUCUGCUUGGAACAGUUUCAAAAAGAUUGUCAAAGAAUUUGCACCAUGUUAAGCAUUGAGGAAGUUGUGAAAGAUUGUCUAAAUUGCCUAAAACUUAACAAAGAACUGACAAUUGUGUGAAGAAAAAGAUAUUUGUACAGGAUUUAUUUUGUAAUAAAGUAUAUGCCUACAA